UUGCUUUUAUAUAUUCUUUUUAUUCUUUUAUAUAGACUGGUGUUAUUUAUAUUCUAAUACUUAUACUGUACAAAAUAUGGAAGUAACUGUCUAUUAACUUUAAAACUUAUCGUUACCCUGAAGUAGCCACACAGUUGGAGAAAAAGCAUUGGUGUCGGUUUUAUAUCAUUAAAAAGUUUACGAUAUUACAUUGACUUUAUUUUUCCCAUAUAUGUGUACAAUAGGGGGAUGAAAUGGAAACUUAGUUGAUGGCAAAUUAUUAAAAAUUAUGUGGGCCCCUUUGCAACCUGGCAGUUCGCCUGUAGAUUGGUGUGAAGAGAAUUACACAGUCACAUUGGCUGUAGCCGAAUUUGUCAAUACUAUAAGCAAUAUCGUAUUCUUAAUAUUCCCACCACUCCUGGUUCCUCUUUUCAAAAACUAUUCGGAAAAAGUUAACCGGUAUAUAAAUGUGUUUUGGUUGCUUUUUAUUGUCGUUGGACUGUCGUCGGCGUAUUUCCAUGCCACAUUAAGUUUAAUAGGGCAGUUACUAGACGAACUGUCGAUUUUAUGGAUGUUUUGCAUUGGCUAUUGUUUAUUUUUUCCAAGAAAAUACUUUCCAAAGUUUGUGCAAAAUAACAGAAAACGGUUUACAAAGUUUUGUCUUGUUCUUACCGCUAUUGGUUCAGUUCUUUCCUUUAUACAUCCUGCAGUAAAUGCAUUUGCUUUAAUGAUCUUUGGAGUACCUACAAUGGGAUUUUUGUACUACCAAAUACACAGGAUAAAACACAACGUCCGUGUCUAUCGUUUGGGAAUUCUUAUAUUUAUUGCAGCGUACACGCUAGGAGUUUUGUACGAUUUCUUAAUCGUUGAAGAUUAUCGGCCAGACAAAAGGGCCGUGCUACUUUACUGGCCAAGGAAUAAUUUCGACUGGGGCAUUCCUUAUGUAGUCGUUAAAGACUAUUAACUGUUAUUUAUUCUAUAAUUUUAUAGUUUUCAUUAGUUUAUCGCCCAUAAAUAAAUCAUAUUGAUCGA